AUGUUACCAGAAGGCUUUAAGACGAUCAAACUUGAAAACCACAAUAAUGCCGAAAUAAAAAGAUCUGUUCUUGAUCAUACUAAAAGAGAAUAUGACCGUGCCCUUACAUAUUUUGAUAUUUUUGUCGCAAAUCGUGAAGGUGCUGUGUCGCCACCAGAUAUCCGAACCUAUAAAGGCUUUAUGGAAUUCUUAGGGAAGAAUCUAAAAGGACACCUUACUAAAGGCAAGACUCCGGUUCUGAGUACUCUUGAAGGGAUGAGAAGAGACCUGGACACUGAACAUGUCAGUACAACAAUUAAGGAAUGGAUGAAAAAAGAACUGAAAAUUAUUCAAAAACACCUGUGGUGUCAGGACUUAUAUGAAUACCGUGGGAUAUGUCCAGAGAGGUCUAGCGUAGAGCUCAGUGUAUCGAUGCUCCUUUACUGCUUUACAUCAGCUAGGACGGGCGAGGUGUAUAAGUCUACAGCUUGUCAAAACCUGGCGCACGAGCAUGGGGGACAGAAUAUUGAGUGGAUCGGAGGCGAAAUCAUGCUCGUCCUUUACUAUGACCGAGACUAUCUCAAGGGCUUUUGGAGAAAGGACAAAUCAGAACUCCCCAUACACGGUUUCUAUGAGAAAUACACAGAAGAAAUGCCGCUUACCCUGAACCUCCUUACAUUCUUCCUUCCUUUGGCAUCAGCUGACAAGGCCUUUCGUGACUAUGAUUCAACAGAUGGGAUAUUGGAUAGAGUAGAUCUGCUAGCUGCUACUCUCCAGGAAGGAGAUGAUAAAUCCGUUGACGCUAUCCAUUUCAAGCCAAAUAUCCUAAACACACCGGUCUUUUGUCCAUACAAUGAGCAAGCUAUCGUGUACACACUUGGACACCGGGCGGGGUAUCCUGACAAUAUAACUGUCCGUGCUUGCCGACGAUCAGCUCUUAUGGAGGCUGACAAGAACCACUCAAAAACAGCCCGCAUGAAGCAAUCCUACGUACAUCAUGUUGUCGAGGUAGAUGGAGCGGCUUCAUUUCUUGGAAUCGACAGCAGACAUGAUCAUAUUGAGAACAACCGCAGUAUGGGUGCUCGUCGUAAUCCCCAGCUUUACCGAUCAUUACCAGCUAAAGCAGAACUCGAGUUCCUUGAUCAUAAUAACAUUGCCCGGAUUGAUAAAGACAUUCAAUCUUUAAAGAGACAGCUAGCAGGUUUAAAUCUCCAGAAUACUAAUGCGCAGACACUUUUUUAUUAUGUGCAAAAAGUAAUGCCGGAGCGUGACCUACUAGCAGUGAUUCCCCCCCAGGUGGCUGAGUUACAUAGCCCCACUGGAUGUAUGGCACUCCAUGCCUUGGAGACCAUCUUCUCGCAAAUAGCUUCUGUUUGUUACUGGCCAAGCAUUGCGCCCGUUGAUGGAAAAUGUCUCUGUAGUGAACCAAUGGAAAGUGUUGACAAUUUUGCGGAACUUUGUGUCGAAUGUGACCUAUGGUAUAAUGACCUUGGAAAGAGGCCUGAACAUUGUGAAGAACAUCUCGGUGAUAGCUAUAAGUUGCUUCGUUGCGACCCGAUUAUAUUUCGCAAUGCUCCUAUUAUGGGCCCUCGCAAACACAUGAUGCAGUAUUUUGAUCGCAGCGAUCACAAAGCUCUAUCAGGUAUGUUCCAUCGUCGCCAUCCUGCCUGCCAUGAAGACUUUCAAGGCAUCACGGAUCUAGAAUACCAUCUCCGUGAUGUGCACUGCUAUAACCCCCCGCGCGGAUAG